CUGCUACACAUACAAGCAAUUAAGGCUUACAAGCCUUACAAGUUAGCCCAGCCCAGAAAUAAUCCACGCGCACUCACUCCUUAGAAUGGAGCGUCAAUCCCACGCGCCUCACACAACAGUUACGCUUUGCAAAACACGCUCAUUAUGGCGCACUCUUCCUCUUCUACUUCAAAGAAAACACAAACCGUCAAGUUUCGAGGAACAUUCCAAACUGAAGAGACGAUCGAACUCGUCGCGAAGAUUAGAAGAAACCAACAACAAAAGAUAGAACUCUCCAUCAACAAUCUCCAGAAAAAACGAAGAAAUAUUAUUCAAGUAAAAAUGGCAAGCAAAAAAUAAGCUGCAAAAAAUCAAACCAAAGACCUGAAGUGUGCAACCCAUUUGUUGAGUGAGAAAUUCGGAAAUAUGAGCGAGGAGAAGAAAGCAAUUGUUAGGGAUUUGGGGUUUGGUGGCCUGAUGCACAUCCCGCCGCUAAGGGUGCAUCACAAAAUAUUAAAGGAGUUGGAUAACUCCUUUAAAUUAGGGAAAAAUACACUCGAAACCGGCUACGGUUCAUUUAGAGUAAGACCAAGAACAAUAGGGGCUGCACUUGACCUCAACGCGUCAGGAGAUUUACUUUUUCAGAAAGUCAAUUAUAAGGAUCUUUCUGAAGACAACAAACAAAUUUUUAGAAGAUUCCAGGGGAAGACCCUAAAAAAUCUGACAGAUGAGAUGAUGACUAUUGGUGUUGAUAAUGAACAGGAUCGCCUCAUGUUCAAGAGGAUUUUCAUCCUCUGUAUACAGAUGGCGUUUCUGUUAGCAACCACAAUAAACAAAAUCUCCCCUGUGCACCUGGCACAAAUUUUCAAGAUGGACACGAUAAAAGAGGGGAACUGGGGAGCACAUGUUCUGAAUUUCAUCAUCAAGGGCAUAACAGAUUACAAUAUGAAAAAGAAAAAGGCAAUUGAUGGCUGCCUAUUUGCCCUGAUGAUAGUUUACUUCCAUCUAUCAAAAAAUAAAGACAAGAAAGAAGAAGAAAGACCUCCAGAACCCUGGAUUACCAAUUGGACUAGAGAGCAGUUGGUUGAAAGAAUGAGAGCAGAAAUGGAUGAACAUAUGGGAAUUGUAAAGAUGGCCGAAACAAAGGAGAAAUUAAAACAAAUGAAGAAAAAAGAUAAGAAAGAAAAAAAAACAAAAAAAAAAGAAAGCAAUUUCAUCAUCAUUAGAGACGGAAACAUCUAA